AGUCCAAGGACACCUGCAUGGGGCUCUCUUGGCCCACAGGCCUCAGGGAGCUCCGGCUUCCGCAGGGCCUUCUCCCGCAGGACCCGCACCCUGCGGCGGAACUUUGGCUCCCUUUCCCUCUCCCCGGCGUACGGGAAGCGCUGGUACCGGGGAAAGCGGGCCUCAGAGGGCGGCGCACACCAUGCGGGUCCCGCAGCUCCCCGCCUCGGCCUCGCGCCUGCCGCCCCCGCGGCACGGCCGCAGCCCCAGUGAGGAGGAAGAGGCGGAGGAGGAGGCGCCGCCCCCUUGGCGAGCUCGGCGCCCCGGCGGCCUUGGCAGGACCCAUGGCGGAUCUCUCGCCUGCGCCGGCCCCGCGGGAAGGCGGCCCCCGUGCGUACCGGCCCUCGGCGCCAUCCCCGCCGCCGCGCUCUUGCUCCGGCUCUGAGCCCGACGAGGCCGAGCUGUCGCUGAGCCUGGCCCGCACCAAGACCCGCUCGUACGGCAGCACGGCCAGCGUGCGGGCGCCUCUGGGCGCCGGCGUCAUCGAGCGCCAUGUGGAGCACCGGGUCCGCGCCGGAGACACGCUGCAGGGCAUCGCGCUCAAGUACGGAGUCACGAUGGAACAGAUUAAACGAGCCAACAAACUGUUUACCAAUGACUGUAUAUUUUUGAAGAAAACUUUGAACAUCCCGAUUCUAUCAGAGAAGCCUUUUACCUUUAAUGGACUUAACUCCAUCGAUUCUCCAGAAAAAGAAACUGUUGACAGCAGUUUUUGUCAUGAAGAGGAGACUGUGGUGGCUGGGGAAGAACUGCCUCCUCCCAGUCCUCAGGACCCAGACCCCAAACCUGUGCAGCCUGAGGAAGUGUCUGCCAGAGAUUUCCUGCAGAGACUUGACUUACAGAUUAAGCUAUCAACAGAGGCAGCCAGGAAACUCAAAGAAGAGAACAGGGAUGAAGAAAGCCCCUAUGCUGCUUCCCUUUAUCAUAGUUAGUGACUAGCGGACAUUAUUCUAACCCAGAUCAAAAAAUGGCUGGACCCUAAAGAAUGCACCGGCUGGGGCUUUAGAAGCAACGCCGCUUCUGGACCCCCAUAGUGCGCAUCUUCGAGCCACAGUUACGUAGACCAACCGUAGAUGCACUGAAGGGAUCAUUUUCUCUGGCUUCCUAUAGUUAAGUCUUACCGUGGCAUGAUAGCAAACCUGUACUCUAGAGCCUGUCACUUUUGUAGGUGGUGGUAGUUUUAGACUGGCUUUUGUAGCUGCAAAAAGCAUCAAAGACUUUAUAUAUUUAAGCCAAAAUCAAUGCUUAUCUCCUGAUGAGAUCCUAAAUGUAUGAAAAACAUGGUGGCUGUAAAGUGAUAAUGCGUUUGUUGUGUGUUUAUAACUCAAGUCUAUAAUAUAUAUUUCAAUAUCACAUAUUCUGUACCAAAUUUUGUCUGCUAUUUUGUAAAAGUAAAAUACAGAUGUCUGGAGGAGAAAAAUAAACUAUGUUUUCACAUAGGA